CGCCCCCUUUCCUGCCUGCCGGGAGCCGGCGGCGCGGCGGCGGCGUCUCUGGGAGGCGAUGGAGGCGUCCGCGCCGGGGGCCGCCCCUCAGGGGGAAGAGGCGUCCUGCUCUUCGUGGGCGGCUGGCAGUACAAAUAAAAAUUUGUCCAUCAUGUCAGCAGAAUCUGUGGAGAUUGAUGAUGCAUUAUACAGUCGACAGAGGUACGUUCUUGGAGACACAGCAAUGCAGAAGAUGGCCAAGUCCCAUGUUUUCUUAAGUGGUAUGGGUGGUCUUGGUUUGGAAAUUGCAAAGAAUCUUGUUCUUGCAGGAAUUAAGGCACUUACCAUUCAUGAUACAGAAAAAUGCCAAACAUGGGAUCUAGGAACCAACUUCUUUCUCUGUGAAGAUGAUGUUGUUAAUAGGAGAAACAGGGCUGAAGCUGUACUUCAACAUAUUGCAGAACUAAAUCCAUAUGUUCAUGUCACAUCAUCCUCUGUUCUUUUAAAUGAAACCACAGAUCUCUCCUUCUUAGAUAAAUACCAGUGUGUAGUAUUGACUGAGAUCAAACUUCCAUUGCAGAAGAAGAUCAAUAACUUUUGCCAUUCUCAGUGUCCUCCAAUUAAGUUCAUCAGCACAGAUAUACAUGGAGUUUGGUCACGAUUGUUUUGUGAUUUUGGUGAUGAAUUUGAAGUUUCGGAUACAACAGGAGAAGAGCCAAAAGAAAUUUUCAUUUCAAAUAUAACACAAGCUAAUCCUGGCAUUGUUACCUGCCUUGAAAAUCAUCCUCACAAGCUUGAGACAGGGCAGUUUUUAACAUUUCGAGAAGUUAAUGGAAUGACAGGCUUAAAUGGAUCUACACAACAAAUAACUGUGGUAUCACCAUUUUCUUUUAGCAUUGGUGAUACUACAGAACUGGAACCUUAUUUACAUGGAGGCAUAGCUGUCCAAGUUAAGACUCCUAAAACAUUUUGCUUUGAACCAUUGGAGACGCAGAUAAAACAUCCAAAGUGCCUUAUUGCGGAUUUUAGCAAACCUGAGGCAUCUUUACAGAUUCACACAGCAAUGCUUGCCUUGGACCAGUUUCAGGAGAACUAUAAUCGCAAGCCAAAUAUUGGGUGCCAAGAAGAUUCAGAAGAACUCUUGAAACUAGCAACAUCUAUAAGUGAAACCUUGGAAGAGAAGCCAGAAGUAAAUGCUGACAUUGUGCAUUGGCUCUCUUGGACUGCUCAAGGUUUUUUACCUCCACUUGCUGCAGCAGUAGGAGGUGUUGCCAGCCAAGAAGUAUUGAAAGCCAUAACAGGAAAGUUUUCUCCAUUGUGCCAAUGGUUAUACAUUGAAGCAGGAGAUAUUGUCAAAUCCCUAGACAAAAUUGAACGUGAAGAAUUCCUCCCACGAGGAGAUAGAUAUGAUGCCUUACGAGCUUGCGUUGGAGACACUUUGUGUCAGAAGCUACAAAAGUUGAAUAUCUUUUUAGUAGGAUGUGGAGCCAUAGGCUGUGAAAUGUUAAAAAAUUUUGCUUUACUUGGUGUUGGUACAGGCAAAGAAAAAGGAAUGGUUACAGUUACAGAUCCUGACUUGAUAGAAAAAUCCAACUUGAAUAGACAGUUCCUAUUCCGGCCUCACCACAUACAGAAACCUAAAAGCUAUACUGCUGCGGAUGCAACCCUGAAAAUAAAUCCUCAAUUAAAGAUAGACGCACACUUGAACAAAGUAUGUCCAGCCACUGAGGCUAUUUACAAUGACGAGUUCUAUACUAAACAAGAUAUAAUUAUUACAGCAUUAGAUAAUGUGGAAGCCAGGAGAUAUGUAGACAGCCGUUGCUUAGCAAAUCUACGACCCCUCUUAGAUUCUGGAACAAUGGGCACUAAGGGACACACUGAAGUUAUUGUUCCUCAUUUAACUGAAUCCUAUAAUAGUCAUCGGGAUCCCCCAGAAGAGGAAAUACCAUUUUGUACUCUAAAAUCCUUUCCAGCUGCUAUUGAACAUACUAUACAGUGGGCAAGAGAUAAGUUUGAAAGUUCUUUUUCCCACAAGCCUGCAUUGUUUAACAAAUUUUGGCAAACCUAUCCAUCUGCAGAAGAGGUGCUACAGAAGAUACAAACUGGACACAGUUUAGAAGGCUGUUUUCAAGUUAUUAAGUUACUUAGCAGAAGACCUAGAAAUUGGUCCCAGUGUGUAGAGUUAGCAAGGUUAAAGUUUGAAAAAUAUUUUAACCAUAAGGCUCUUCAGCUUCUUCACUGUUUUCCUCUAGACACAAGAUUAAAAGAUGGCAGUUUGUUUUGGCAGUCACCAAAGAGGCCCCCUUCUCCAAUAAAAUUUGAUUUAAAUGAACCUUUGCACUUCAGUUUUCUUCUGAAUGCUGCAAAACUGUAUGCUGCAGUCUAUUGCAUUCCAUUUACAGAAGAGGACUUAUCAGCAGAUGCCCUCUUGAAUAUUCUUUCUGAAGUAAAGAUUCAAGAAUUCAAACCUUCUAACAAGGUUGUUCAAACAGAUGAAACUGCAAGGAAACCAGACCAUGUUCCUAUUAGCAAUGAAGAUGAGAGGAAUGCUGUUUUCCAACUAGAAAAGACUAUUUCAUCUAAUAAAGCUACCACAAGUGAUCUUCAGAUGGCAGUGCUUUCAUUUGAGAAAGAUGAUGAACAUAAUGGACACAUAGAUUUCAUUACAGCUGCAUCAAACCUUCGUGCCAAAAUGUAUAGCAUUGAACCAGCUGACCGUUUUAAGACAAAGCGCAUAGCUGGUAAAAUUAUACCUGCAAUAGCAACAUCCACUGCUGCAGUUUCUGGCUUGGUUGCACUGGAGAUGAUCAAGGUAGCUGGUGACUAUCCAUUUGAAGCUUACAAAAAUUGUUUCCUUAACUUAGCUAUUCCAAUUAUAGUGUUUACAGAGACAUCUGAAGUAAAAAGAACUGAAAUCAGAAACGGAAUAUCAUUUACAAUUUGGGACAGAUGGACAAUACAUGGAAAAGAAGACUUCACCCUCUUGGAUUUCAUAAAUGCAGUCAAAGAGAAGUAUGGAAUUGAACCAACAAUGGUGGUACAGGGAGUCAAAAUGCUUUAUGUUCCUGUAAUGCCAGGUCAUGCAAAAAGAUUAAAGUUAACAAUGCAUAAACUUGUGAAACCUUCUACUGAAAAGAAAUAUGUGGAUCUUACUGUGUCAUUUGCUCCAGACACGGAUGGAGAUGAAGAUUUGCCUGGACCUCCAGUAAGAUACUAUUUUAAUCAUGACACUGAUUAACGGAAGUUGUCUUAAAUUUUCUCCAGGACUACUUGAUUUUGGAAAGAUUGCACUUAAUUCAGGAGUGAAAAAAAAUCAAUUCAUAAUACUAUGAAUUUCUCUUUGAUGAAGCCUUAAUUUAAGGGAAACAUCAGUAGAAAACUACAGUGAAGAAUUUUAAAGCAUUUUGGAAUAUAAUAUACACUUGUCUAGUGCUUCAUAUGUGGAUAUGAUCACAAGCAAUUUUGAACUGGAAUGAUGUUUUAUAAUGCUUACAAAAAAUUUGUGUAUUAACCUCUGUGGAUGAAAAGAAGGAAAAAAAAUGCGUUCGUCACCAGAAGAGAUAAAAGAUCAAAAAAUUGAAAAUAACAGUUGCAGCCAUCCAAACAGUUUAAUCUUUAUUUUGUGAAUUUUUUUGUUUGUUUGUUUACUAUACAAGACCCAGUUUUCCUAUACAAAAGUGUUUGGCACCCUGCACCUCUUAUAGUUUAGGCUUUUGAGUUUAACACCAGGGGGGAGAGGGAGAUGGUAGCAGUGGAUGAAGAGUAGCCAUUUUAAAUUAUACAGUUACAGUUUAAUGUCCUGGUAAUUUAACCAGAGUUUGUUAAUAUCACUGUCUCCCCAAAAUUAGGAUCUGUAUUAAUAAUAGCGUCAGUGUUGUAACCCAUGAGCAGUAGAUCAGAUGACACAUGUUAACUUGUAUUAAAUGUUAACAGUAUUAUAAGAACUCUGACAACCCUCUUAGAGGACCCAUGAAUGUGAACAGAUAAAUGUGGCUAAUCAUUUGAUUCUUCAAUAUGCCUUCUAACGUGGCUAUUUUAUUUAUUUGGAGCUCUAAACAUGAUUGUCAUAGUAUAUAAGACUGAAAGGUUUUUUUUUUUUUUUUUGACUGAAAGGUUUUGUAAAGGGAGUGUCCUUAGAAGUAGAUGAAAACUAGAAAUUAAAAAAAAAUCAUUACUAGUUGAGUCUUGACUUUUUUUCUUCCAGCAACCUAUUGGACAGAAAAAAAAUAUUUUAAGGGAAACAUAUAUUUUAUCCUGCAUUCCCAGAAAGGGAGUUGACAAAGAUAAAAAUUUAUUUUUUUAGGUCUUUAAUGGUAGAAACUCUGUUUUCUGAUAGGAGAUAUUGCAGUAAAUUUGUAUAAAUGUUUUCAUUAAAAUGAUGUAAAAUGUACUCAACACUGUAAACUUGGUAAAAGCAGCAAGUGUUUCAUUUAUUUCUAAGGCUGUCAUGCAUUCUAAAGCAAUUGGCAUUUUGUAACCACAGGAAGUCAGUUCUCUAGCUGCUUUUCAUCUGAUCCCUUGUCCAGGCUACUAAUAGAUACUUUGAUAAACUCGACUAGAGUCACAUCAGUAUUACUCCCAUUUGGUAUCUUUUUAUACUCUCCGCUUAACUUUCCUUUUAUUUCAUUUAUAAAUAGUUGAAAUUACUUUGUCAACCAGCUAUAUUAUUUCAUUCUUUUGUAAAAGUAUCAGCCAAUUGGGAAAAUAUAUUUGGGAGUGGAAUGUGAAUUUGUUUGAAUAAAAGGAUAUUCUGCAUUGGAGGCAAGGAUAGGUGGAUGGGAUGAGUUUAAAGGAAAUGGAUACCAUUGAUAUAAGUAAUUUUUCUUCAAGAAUAAUGUUUAAAAUUCCUUAAAAUUGAAUUCAGGAACAUCAAAGUCAAUGGCUUAGAACUCUUGGCUAGCAAUAAUAAAAGGACUUUUCCCCAUUUUCACUCUGCUUUGUAUGAUAGUAACUGAUGUUUUCCAGGGAGUCUUUCAGUAAUCCUCAACUGUGAUCUGAUGGCUUACUCUUAUUUAAAUCUCCACAUCUCUUCAGAAGUAAAUUUGGAACCCUGCUACCAGUUCUUAUUUAUAGUAAUCAGUGCUUUAAUAGAUACAAACAAAACCAACAUGGAUUAAGUUCAUUUUGCGAUUAAGCCUGGAACAUUUUUUUAAACCAUUUGUUUUCUUUUUUCUUUUUUUUUAAAGAUUUUAUUUAUUUAUUAAUGAGAGAGAGAAAGAGACACAGGCAGAGGGAGAAGCAGGCUCCAUGCAGGGAGCCCAAUGUGGGACUCGAUCCCAGGUCUCCAGGAUCAGGCCCUGGGCUGAAGGUGGCGUUAAACCGCUGAGCCACCCGGGCUGCCCAAGCCUGAAAGAUUUUAUCAUUGCUUUUUCUUUUCCUGUAGGUAAUGGUUAUUACCAUUAAUUUCUAUUUAGUUCUACUAAGCUGGAAAGCCAGGGCGUGAAGUUAAUGAUAUUUUUUGUCAUUAUCUAUUUUAUUUCUGUACCAUGAGAUCACUUUUGAUGAUUAAAAUACCAGGUGUAAAAAUUAUUUGAUUUUGUAUGGAACCACUGAGUGAUUUUUUUUUACUACUAAAAAUAAAUUAAGAAAUUUGACAGUAUCUUUGUAAAUCCUAGUCCAUGGUUGACUCCAGAGAUUUCCAAUUUUGCUAAUCAUUUUCUGAGUAACAUUGCUUUGGUAUUUCCUAAUUUUCAAGUUUGCAGUCAUGGGGAUAUAAUAGUCGCUGUGUGUAGAGGAACAUUACUUCAAAGUACUUUUGGCUCCUGGAGAUUCUGUUAAAACAGUUGAGAAAAUAGUGACUGUAAAACCUAGAAGGUCUGGUAAAUAUCACACUGUUGGUUGGGGAUAUCUAAAGUAUAUUCCUUUUAAAAAAAAAAGAUUUUUAUUUUAUUUAUAGUAGGCUUCACGCCCAAUGUCAGGCUUAAACUCAUAUAUAACCCUAAGGCCAAAGAGUCACCUGCUCUACUGACUGAGCCAACCAGGCACCUUUACAAAGUAUAUUCCUUUUUGGAGUUCAAAACUUGUUUGGUACUCAUCAGUAAUUUCCUCUAAAUUUUCCCAAAGGUAGAACUUAGAAAUAGAUGUAUAUCUUUGUUUUUAUUUUUUGUCAAUUACAACACUCCUUGUUUAGAGUCCACUGUUUUAUAAUUUAUAAUUAGUAAAAUGAAGACAGAAAAUUGUUCUCCUGAGAUCUUAAGGAAAAAUCUUUUGACCUGAUAAUUUAAAACUAUAAUGAACAGUUAAAUUAUAAAAAUUCAUUGUAAUUGUAAAUAAGAAAUCAUUUUGUAUGCAGUCAGUAAGUAUGGAUUUAACUAUUUUACUUUCAACAAUUUCAAAACAUAAAUCAGGAAGUUGAAAUCUUGGGGAUCAGAGUAAGUAAUAGGUAAUUUUCAGUGUUCAUUUUUCUCUUGCUAUUUCUUAGCUUUGUUUAAGUUCAGAAAUAUAUAUUCAAAUAUAUAUAUAUAUACACAUAUACACACACACAAGAGUAUAUAGAAAAUAAAUACACAGUUUAAGGAUUAAUUUUAUUUAUUUUUUUUUAAGGAUUAAUUAUAAAGUAAGGGCUGGUAACUACCUGUCAAAUCAGUAGAACAUUGGCAGCAGCUCAGAAAUGUCCCUCGUAGUCCCUUCUCAGUCACAACCAACUUCCCUACACAUAUCCUUUGAUAAUACCACUAUGCUACCUUUUGUGAUAAUUCUUUGUUUCUAUUUAUAGUGUUAACUACCUAUCAUGUACUUAAAACAAUAUAGUUUACUUUUUGAUUGUUUUUGAACUUGGUAUAAAUGGAAUCAGACUUUUUUUUGUGGCUGCUGCUCUCAUCAUUCAACAUGGGAAUCAUCCAUGUUGUUGCUUACAGCCACACUUUAUUCAUCAUUGUUAUGUAGUUUACCUUUGCAUUAAUACAUCACAAUUUAUUUAUUCAUUCUAUUGACUAUGGGAUGUUUUUAGUUUGGGGCAAUCACAGUUGCUCAAUGAACAUUAUUGUAUGUAUUUCCUAGCGCAGCUAAGGUAUAUACCUAUAUAUGUAGGAAUGGAAUUGCUUGCUCUUAGGUAUUCACAUCUUAAGUUUUAUUAGACCAUAACAGAGUAUUGCCUUAGCAGUAGAGAUAUCCUGUAUUUGCUUACCCCAUUCAACACUGGUAUUAACAGAUUUUUUUUUUUAAUUUUGCCAACCUGGUGGAUUGUACAGUUGUAUGUUAUUGAAAUUUUACUCUGUAUUUCCCUAACGACCAGUGAAAUUGAGCACCUUUUUCUGAGUUUGUUGGCCACUUUGACUUUGUUUUUUGCAAACUGUCUUUUCAAUUCUUUUGCCCAUUUUUCUGCUGUAUUAGCAGUCUUUUCCCUCAUUGAUCUAUAGAAGAUCUUUAUAAAUCCUGUUUUUAGUUAGCUACAUAUUUCCAAAUAUCUUCUCCCACUCUGGCUUGCCUUUCCCUCUCUUCUUCAUGAUGUUCCUUGCUAAAAAGAAUUUCUCAAAGGUUAGGUACUAGGAAGUAUCAGUCUUUUGUUUUAAGGUUAGUGUAUUUCGUGAGUUGCUUAAAACAGUGUUCUCUAUCCAAGGUCAUGCAGGUACCUCUCUAUAUAUUGUUUUAUAAAGGCUUUAGCUUUGCCUUUCACGUUUUCAGUUUUCAAUUUAUGAGGAAUUAAUUUUGUGUAUGCUGGGUGUGCCUCACCAUUUAUUGAAUUGUGAAACAUGUUCUUUUACCAAGUAUGUUCUUUUCUGCAGUACCACCAAAGUAUAUCCAUUUAUGUGUACAUCUCUGGAUUUUUUAUUUCUCCUUUUCUAUCCCUGUGCUAGUAAUUUCAUCACUGUAGCUGAUUUAUUGAUUUUUCUAUUUGGCAGAACAGGUCCUCCGAACUUCUAUAAAAGUGUCUUGGUUAUUCUUAGCCCAUUGUAUUUUCAGUUCUCAAAUUUCUAAUUACAAAUAUGCAAAUUCUGUCACUCGUAGCUUCUUCAGCUGUCUUGCUGAAUUUUCAAUCUUUUAUCUACUUGAACAUGAUCAUAAAGCAUGAUUAUUUCAUAGUCUGUGUUCAUUCUCAAAUCUGGAACUCUCCUGUGGGACUGUUUUUAUUUUUCUUUUAUUUCAGCUAAUCAUUAUCUUACAUCCUGUGUGUAUGGUGAUCUUUAAUUAUAUGCCAAUAUUCUAUUUGAAAAGUUGCUUUUAAAAAUAACUUGAUGUCCCGCAUUGUAUUUUCAUCCUCCACAUAGGCACUUAGCCACUAGUAACUUGACCAAUUCCAGAGUCGAGUUUUUAUGAGUUACCCAUAUGACUCCAAGUUGAACUGUAGACCACUAUUGCUCUUACUUCCUGUUUACCCUUAUUCCUACAGCCUUUCAGAGUUGGCUUCAAAGUGUAGCUUAUUCUUUUUCUCUGUUUUCUUGCCUUUUAAAAAUUUUUUGUACUUUUUUUAUUCUAUAUAUGCCAAUUACUAAUUAUUAACCCUCAACUCUAGACACUUUAUUGUACUCUAGAACUUUGUAAACUGCAUUUCUUUUUUGCCAUUUGGCUUUCUUUAGGUUCCACAAAUAGGUGGCACUAGGAGGAGGACUGGAAUGCUGGAGAAAGGGAAAAGAGACUUUUAGCUUUGCCAUUUGCUUCCUAAUAUUGUCAGCAUCACCUCAACAGUGGCUUUUCUUCCAGUAGUUUCUGAUUGGUUCUUAGGCUCUAGUUUUUCUCUGGCACUCUGCAGGGUAUCUCUUCUAGGGUUCAGGUUCUAAUAAUGUCACCCACUUCCCUUUAAUAACUGAUGUUUUCAAUUCUCCCAAAAUCUGUUUAGCCAAUUCUUUAUGUUAAAUUCUUCUUUAAUAUACAUGAUACGGUUUUUCUUUUGCUGAGCUAUACCCACUUUUUUUCUCUUCUCUAGUUCAGUGGCUUUUGUCUUUUGAUGAUUAACCUGUAAUAUGCACAUUCAGAUUAAGCCAGACUAAAUUUAAUCAUUAUCUUUACAUUUUGCUGAUUAAAGUUUCAAAAAAAUGGCCAUGGCAGUAUUUCCAAUCCCACAUGCUCUUCUAGAAGUUUGCAACCUCCUCCAGCUCUUCUUUGAACCUGAAUAAGACUUUAUGACUGCCCUGAUAUAACAAAAUGCAUCAUAUGUAACCACAACUUUUGAGGUUAGGUCAUAAAAGGCUAUAGGUCUUCUACUUCUACUUUCCCCUCUUGGAAAGCCCACCCUUGGAUUCCAGACAUCAUGUCAUAAGGAAGCCUAAACUAACCCACAUGAAGAAACUGAGGUCCCCAACCCACAGCCAGCAUCAGGUGUCCGACAUGAGUAAGCAAGUUCAGAGGAUUCCAAGCCCAAAGCUUAAUGGAGUAGAGACAAGCCAUCCUUGCUGUGUCCUACCAAAUUCCUGACUCACAGAAUCCAUAAACAUGGAUAGUUUAUUCUAGUAAGUUUUGGGAUUAUUUAUUAGGCAGUUACUAUGUUCUAAUAACUGAAACAACUCUCAUUCCCAGAUUGCUUACUAUGAUCAUGUAUUUUAUUUCUAUUCACUUUAAUUCAGUAGUUAUUUACAUAAAUGUCUUUUAAUAUGGCAAGACUAUUUUGUCUAUGUAGUCGGUGUUUGUAUUUACCCAUACAUAUAUUUCACCUCCUUUGCUCUUUAUUCUUUUUUUCUAUCUCAGGCUUACCAUCUGAACUAAAUUUCUACCUGAAAUGUUUUAGAAUUUCAUAAUUCUAAAGUGGUGAGAGUCCACUGGUGGCAUACUUACUCAUGGUUUCUUUGAAAAUAUUUUGCCCUCAUUCUGCAAAGAUACUUUUGCUGAAUGUGAAAUUCUAAUUUGGGCUUCAUUAUCUUUCAUUGGAGAUAUUUUUCUACUGUCUUUGAACUUCCCCUGUUGCUCUUGAGUCAGCCAUCAGGUAAGUUAAACAUUGAAAUCUCUUGGGUAGCGCUGGUGGCUCAUCAGUUUAGCGCUGCCUUCAGCCCAGGGUGUGAUCCUGGAGACCCAGAUCGAGUCCCACGUUGGGCUCCCUGCAUGGAGCCUGCUUCUCCCUCUGCCUGAGUCUCUGCCUCUCUCUCUCUCUCUCUCUCUGUCUCAUGAAUAAAUAAAUAAUAUCUUUAAAAUAAAUAAAGGGAGAAAAAAUAAAUCGAUCUGCCUUCAUUUUACGAAGUGUAAUUAUUACGUAUCUGGGUAUGGAUUUCUUUUAUCAUUGUUGUUUGGGAUUUGUUCAGCUUUCUGAAUUCUAGAUUUGAGUCUUUUAUUACUUCUAAGAAAAUCUUGAUACUACUCCUUCACAUAUUGCCUCUUUCCCCAUUCUUUUCUGUGGGGAUUCUCAUCAAAUACCACAGACUCUGCCUUCUUUUUUUUUAAUUUUUUUUUUAAUUUUUUAUUUAUUUAUGAUAGUCACAGAGAGAGAGAGAGAGGCAGAGACACAGGCAGAGGGAGAAGCAGGCUCCAUGCACCGGGAGCCCGACGUGGGAUUCAAUCCCGGGUCUCCAGGAUCGCGCCCUGGGCCAAAUGCAGGCACCAAACCGCUGCGCCACCCAGGGAUCCCCCCAGACUCUGCCUUCUAUGUUUAAAACGGUCUUUUCUAUAUUUUCCAGUUGUUCUUGUUUCAUCAUGCUUUAUUCUGCACCAUUUCUUCUGACCCAUAUUCUACUUUACUUCUCUUCAUCUGUUUUUUAUGUUACAACCAUCCAUUUUGUUUUUAAUUUUUGUCUGUAUUUUUCAGUCCUAGAAGUUCUGUUUGGUUCUUUUUUCUUGUUUUUAAUAGCUAGAUUACAUUUUAUAGUUUUCUGUCCCCUGUAGAAAUUUUCUAAUAUCUAUUAUUUAAACUAUAAGGACCAUCUUAUGGCUUUGUCUGCCACUUUCAGUUACUGUAGUUUCUAUUGUUUCUCCCAGCUGACUUUGUUGGUGGUCUUUUAAAAUUUUUUUUUAAAGAUUUUAUUUUAUUUUAAAGAUUUCAUUCAUGAAAGACACACAGAGAGAGACAGAGACAUAGGCAGAGGGAGAAGCAGGCUCCAUGCAGGAAGCCCGAUGUGGGACUCGAUCUCGGGACUCCAGGAUCACGCCCUGAGCCAAAUGCAGACACUCAACCACUAAGCCAUCUCAGCAUCCCUAAUGGUCUUCUUUUAGACUCUCCACGUUGGCUAGUUCCUCAACUUUGAUUUCUGUGUCCCUGGUCCAUUCCUUUUCACUUUAUUGCAGUCAACCACAUUGCCUCAUCAUCUUCAGGAGUCUGUUUUUUUAAGCAUUGUAUAUUAAGCACUGUAUACUCUUACAGAAUGCAAGAGAAUUUACCCUUAACAUUUUAAGAUUUUGCACAUUGGAACUCUUCACUCUCUUAUUUCUUAACAAUAUUUGGCCUAACCUCUCAAUUGUAAGGCCCUUGAGAAUAAGAGAUUUGAUAUAGUUCUUUUAUAAUCUUUGCAUCAGUUACACAUUUGAUAUCACAGGAGAUUUUUUUUUUUUAAGAUUUUAUUUAUUCAUGAGAGACACAGGCAGAAGGAGAAGCAGGCUCCUUGCAGGGAGCCUGAUGUGGGACCCGAUCCCAGGACCGUGGGAUUAUGCCCUGAGCCAAAGGCAGAUGCUCAACCACUGGGCCACACAGGGGUCCCUAUCACAGGAGAUUUUAAAGAAGUAGUUUGCAUACUUGGCUAUAAAUAGCACACUUUAUUGUGUGUGAUAAAAAUGCAGAUUUCUGGAUCAGUAUUCCCCAGAAAUUAACUCUCUAGUCUGAGGGAGGCGUAGGAUUCUGCAUACAUUCCAGCAUCCCAUAUAAUUCAUUGAACUGGUUUGCUAGGACUACUGUAAUACCACAGACUAAGUGGCUUAAACAACAGAAAUUUCUCACACUUCUGGAGGCUAAGCCUGAUCAAGAUGUUGAUUUUUUUCUGAGGCUUCAUGGUCUUGUAGAUGGUCAUCUUCUCCCUCUGCCUCACAUUGUCUUUCUUCUGUGUGUGUGUGUCCUGAUUUCCUCUCCUUUUCAAGACACAUCUAUAUAAAUUGUUGGAGCUAAGAGGACCUAACUUAUUCAUUUUUUUUCUGAUGAGGAAACCAAAUAAAACAACCAAAUAACUAGAACCAGUAGUACAAUAUAAGCCAUAUCUUUUCAUUCUUACUUGAUUGCACAAGUGAUUCUUAAAUUUUAUGACACCAAAAUCAAUUUAGAAGCUCAUUUUUCAAGAAAAAAUUAGUAAAAAAAAAUUUUAAUUCGGUAGAUCUAGCAUGGGGCUGAGGAAUUAGUAUUUUUAAGGAUUUCUGUGCGAUUAUAGUAAGUCCCCUACUGUGUUGUACUUGUGGAAUGGGUGAUUACAUACCCUUUUACCAUCUUUGUAGAUUGAUGUUUUUAUAAAACAUGGGUUGAUUUUAAGCUAGCAAAAAGGCAACAUCUGGGGAAAACAUGGAAAUUGAUCAUUUUUAUUUCUGAUAAAAGAAAAUGGCCUAGAGUUUUUCCAUUAGAAAAGAGCUUCUAGUACAUUUCAUGUCUCUGGUUUCUAAGUAGAUAAUUCGAAUGAUUUAUAUUUGAUAAAUAUUGGUCAAAUCAGAUUUGAAACCUAGUGAGGCUUUUUUGGAAUUGUGAGAAUUUAGGAGAAUCUGCUGUGGAAAAUUGUAUAGAGGGAAAUGUAUUUAAUUGAAGCCUAGGAAAAUAAAAACUUCAUUUAGAAAGGACCAUAUAUAUGUUUCCAGCUUAUAUCAUUGCAUAGGAAUGCAUAUAUCUAUGAGUUACCCUCACAGCCAUAUUCUGUAGUUUCCCCAUAAAUUGGUUUCAUUCAAGUAAGAUGAUGAAAUUGUAUGCUACAGUGUUUAAUUUUGGUAUUCAGGUAAGUGACUUGGUAAUCAGGAUCAGGAAAAUAGAGGUGUAAUAAUUUUCUUUACAAGCAAGAUGUUCAUUUUUUAAAACAAGUUAUCAAGAUAUAUAAAGGUAGUUUUCCUAUUUUAAUUUCACACAAUAUGUAGUUUUUCUAUCUUUCCCUUCUUUCUGUGGUGGGUUCUUAGCCUAAAAAUUGUGGCUAGAAACACUUAAAGAUCCAAUAUCAAGCCAGAGGGCAGUUCUUUAUUUUCUUAUGUGAAUUGAUUUUCCUUUUGUACUUGGAACAUUGGUAGUGUGUUUAAUAAAUGUUAGUUAAUUAAAUAAUGAAUAUUCAUAUGUUUUUUUAUUUUAUUCAUGACUUGUGAUUUGGCUUCUAAUAAAUUUUUCUCUAGGGAACAUUUUUUUCUUCCUGACUAGCUUAAUAUCAAGUUACCUACUCUACCAUAUUUUAAAGUGCUUUUAGUUUUGCUUGUUGUUUUUCAGAUUUUAAGUAAUCUCAACACCCAGUGUAGGAUUUGAACUCAGAACCUUGGGAUUAAGAGAUGCAUGCUCUACUGACUGAUCCAGCCAGGCACCCUAAAAGUGACUUUUAGUUUAAGCUGUUAAUUUAUGAAGGUGGGAAAAAAUAAACUGAGGAAAUAUCUUUGA